AUGCAACAUAUAGUAUGGUUAAAACGAUAUAAAGCUCAGUGCAGGUUAGCGUCGUAUUUCUUGCCGGAUGACUCCCUUGACAACUGUAGUGUUGCCUUCACUACUCUUGGCGACGCUGUGUAUGCAUUGACUGAGUCGCCUUAUUUGGUUCGAAUCGAUGUCGACACACUUGACUAUCUUGAAAAGGUCGAUAUACGUGAAAAACUAAACGUAAGCCUUCAUAUCUAUUCGGCUCAUCAGCACUCGGACAGUGAUGGGAAUCUAUACAAUGUUGGCAGUAUGUUUGGCCCCUCAUCAAAAUAUAUAUUUGCAAAAACAAAAAAUCCACUUCAUGUUGAAAAUUCUUCGAACAGUCACAGUUUCGAGAACACGGAACUGUUGGGCACGGUCGCUGCCGCAAACACUUGGGCACCCUCGUAUUAUCACUCAUUUGGCAUCACUGAGAACUAUUUCAUCUUGUUUGAAAGUCCAGAAAGGAUCAAUCUCAAGAAAAUCAUAUUCAAAAACUUCCUCGCCACUUCAUUCAAUGAAUGCAUGUAUUGGGAUGAUAGCCUUGCAGUGAAUGUGAUCCUAUUCGACAGGAUCAAUUCUAGAACUGUGGAGAGGAAGAUAACAUCCGAUGCGUUCUUCACUUUCCAUCAUGCUAACGCCUUCGAGAAGGACGGGUUCGUUGUCGUUGACUAUUGCAAAUACGAUAAUCCAGGGAGCUUCGAUGAUUUGCUUCUGGAGCACAUGCGUAGUGGUUCGCUUAUCUCGAAGAGUUCGAAAUUUGUGUCGUAUCUCCAUCGAAUGAUAAUUCCUCUGCAUGUGAGUGACAAGCACCAGCCGGGUGAUGAUCUACUAUCCACAUGUGAAAUGGCGAAUGGAUGUGAAGCAAUAUUAAAGGAGGACGGCAGCAUCCAUUGUAAAGACAGGAGAAUUUGUGACAUUCCUUUUGAAUUCCCUCGCUACUGUUACGACUUAAACAUGAAGGAGUAUCGUUACGUCUAUGGCGCCUGCCUAGGUCACGAGACGGAAGCGAAACGAGGUGUUGUGAAAGUUGAUAUGAAGGAGGAAAACUAUAAGGCUUGGCACAAGGACGCAGCCGAUCAAAUCUGCGCUGAGCCUAUACUGGUGAACAGACCUGGAUAUGAAAAAGAGGAUGAAGGAGUGUUGCUGGUUCCUGUCGUCACAAUAAACGAAAAGGAUACACCCUAUGUUGUUGUGUUGAAUGCGGAAACUAUGGAAGAACAGGGUCGUUUCCUCAUUCCGCAAUCACGAAUUCCUCUUGGAUUCCAUGCUCAUUAUGUACCACGAUCAGAUUUGUAA